UCAUUCCUUCACUCUCUCUCUAUCUAUAACUUCUUCUCCACUCCUAUAAAGAAAAAACGAGAGUGCUCCAAAAUCAUCUAAUUCGAUUUCGAAUAUUUUUUUCGCGGUGGUUAAAACAAAAACAUGGCGUCGUCCGAUGGAUUAGCAAGCGUUGACCCUUGGUCAUUCCGACAGAGCUUCAACAUCGACUCGUGGUUACUUCCCGAUCCUUUCUCUCACGACAGCGAUGUACUCGCUAAAGCUCUUUACAAAUCCAGCUCCGAUCCUCUCUCUCCUUCGGCUUUCUUCGAUUCCGCCGCCGCCGUCUCCGAUCUUUCUCCUCCUCAGACCGUCUCCAACGUCUCCUUCGGCUCAGAUCCGGAGAUCGCCGUCGGCUUCGGUGGCGGUGGUGCCAAGCGGAAGCGUGGUCCCGGUGUUUCCGGAGGUAAACCGGCGAAACGCCGAUCUCGUGUUUCCACCAAGAAGUCUCAGACUACUUUUAUAACGGCGGACGCGGCCAACUUCCGGCAGAUGGUUCAGCAAGUCACCGGCGCGAAGUUCGUCGGUUCUUCUCCCCACAGCAUUUUUGCUCCGGUCGUGAAGCCGGAGCCGCAUAGGCUCGCGACCAGGCUACCGCCGUCCGGUGCUUUUGAUCGGUCCUCUGUGGUUCCGACGCUUGAUACGUCGUCGUUUUUGUCUGACCAUCAACAGGAGAAUAUGGUAACAGAGUUAGGCUCUGUUUCAGCGCCGGUGAGUUCGGCGGGUGUUGGUGGAGGAUCCGCCGUGGAGUUGGAUAGUUACCCGAGUUUCCCGACGCUUGAAUCGUGGAAAGUUAUGUAAUCUAAUCGGAUUUAAUUUUAGUGUUUUGUAGAUGUAAUCCUGUCUUUUUCUUUUUUUUUUAUUUAACUCUUUACCCUUUAGAAUGUCUUGUAUGUGUGUUUUUUUCCCUUUUUUUAAUCUGGUUAAUGAAUAUCUUUGUUAUCGUCC